AUAAAAAACCACAGACGUGUCAUAUACAUUAAAUAUUUGACAUUUCCACAGCCCACUAGAUUUAAAAGUAGUUGCUGUGUUAGUUUUCGUAUUUAAAAUAAUUACUAAAACGUUUUAAAAUAUUUUAUAAUGAAUAAAAUAAUCACAAAUUUAAUUCUAUUAAUAUUUUAUAUAUCAACAUGUAACUCAACUAUAUUUGAAAGUGAUUCGUGUUAUACUUUCGGAAGCGGCAAUGUUUUUCCCGGUGGAGCAAGAAAGAUUGAUCAUAAAUUACAAUUUACUAAAGCUAUGAUCUCAAAACCGGCUCCUGAGUGGGAGGCGACGGCGAUUGUAAACGGAGAAGUAACACAGCUUUCGUUGUCAAGUUUUAGAGGAAAAUAUUUAGUAUUUUUCUUUUAUCCAUUGGAUUUCACAUUCGUUUGUCCCACUGAAAUUUUAGCAUUCUCUGAAAGGAUAGAGGAAUUUAAAAAAAUUAAUACUGAGGUAGUGGCUUGCUCUGUAGACUCCCAUUUUACACACCUUGCAUGGAUCAAUACUCCUCGUAAAGAGGGUGGACUGGGAAAAAUUAACAUACCUCUCCUUAGCGAUCUUACGCAUUCUAUUGCUAAAGAUUAUGGAGUAUAUUUAGAAGAUUUGGGGCACACUUUGAGAGGCUUAUUUAUAAUUGAUGAUAAAGGAAUUCUGAGACAGAUUACAAUGAAUGAUUUGCCAGUGGGAAGAUCAGUAGAUGAGACAUUGAGAUUGGUUCAAGCUUUCCAGUAUACUGACAACCAUGGUGAGGUAUGCCCUGCAGGCUGGAAACCAGGGCAGGAUACUAUCAUACCAAAUCCAGCUGAAAAGAGGAAAUAUUUUGAAAAAGUAGCAGACUAAUUAAUAAAAUUAGAAAUGAACUUUUACUUUUAUUAUUAAUGAUAAUGAAAAAAAAACAAUUAAUAAUUUCAAGGUUCUGAUAAAAUGUUUAAAUCAGAAGAUAAACUUUACUUAAAUGCUGAUAAUGCAACAUUUUACCAAUUAUGUAUUAUUAUAUUUUAUAUUACAUACAUAUAAGAACAAUAUAGUAAAUUAAUGAUAAUUUAGAUGUAAGUGAAUUAUGUAUAAAUAUAUAUAUUUUUUAUUAUAACAUUUUUUAUAAGAUAGUACAAUAGAUUUCCAGAAAAUACUCAAAACACACAAUUUUCUACAGUAAAACAAUUAUAGCCAGUGUUAAGACUGAUAUGAAAUUUCGCAUUUUAUUAUUAUUAAGGUAAGUUUGGGAAUGGUAUGACUAAAUAAAAUUAUUUUUAAA